AUGCAAGUCGCAGAGAUUCUUUCGGAUAUCAAUUCCCUCCGCGUCUGCGGCCACAAUGAGGCCCUGGCACUUGUGAAUGUGCAGAAAAAUAUUACAGGCUCAGAUUCAGCUGAGCCUGAUAGCGCAUUAGCAGAGAAGAGCCCGGCAGGCGACAAGGUCGAUCUUCGUCGUGCAAAGGAGCUUGUUGAGCUACACUAUGAGGUGAAAGCGAGACAUGCCAACGGGGCAGUCGAUGAUGAGCUGAGUCAAGCCCGGCAAGAUGUUAAGCGAGUUCUGACAGAGCUGUCGACCGUUUGA